AGAACGUGUUAAACCAACAAAAAAAUGUUAGUUCAGUUGCACGAGAAAUUCAUCGGCUAAUACUACUAAUACUUACUUAUCCGACGGUGAUACUUUCAGUACCUGUGGUUUGUUUCGGAGUGGUCGUUGAUUUAUAGUCAUUUGAUGAUAUACGAAAGGUUUCAGUGUGGGAAUGGAUGAGACAAAACCAAAGGAGAUCGAAAAUGAAGAAGAAGCCGAUGACGAUCCUCAGACUCUAACUACCUAUGUCACUGUGCCUCCUGAUGGUGGAUGGGGUUGGGUAAUUGUCGCAGCAUCAUUUAUAUGCAAUCUAGUGGUUGACGGCAUUGUAUUCUCCUUUGGUGCACUGCUUAAAGAAAUAGCAGAUGAAUUUGAAGUGUCUGAUUCUAAAGCUACAAUAGCCGGAUCGUUGCUUUCCGGUUUCUAUCUUAUUGCGGGACCUUUUGUUAGUGCUUUGGCAAACAGAUAUGGAUUCCGUUUCACUGGUGUCAUUGGAGGUUUAUUUUCAGGAGUUAUUUUUGCAUUAUCAAGCUUAGCUCCAAAUAUUGAAUUUUUAUGGGUAUUUUAUGGCAUACUAGGAGGGAUUGGGUUUAGCAUGAUUUACGUCCCGGCUGUGAUAACAACUGGUUUUUACUUUGAAAAAUGGAGGGCACUAGCUACAGGAAUCUCAGUCACAGGAUCUGGUGUUGGUACAAUCGUAAUGGGCCCUGUAACAAUCGCUUUAAUAAAAAUGUUUGGCUGGAGAGGAGCAAUCCUUUGUCAAGCAGGUAUAAUCAUUACUUGUUCAAUGUUUAGUGCAUUGUACAGACCUCUCAAACCUAUAAAAGUAAAUGUAAAUUUUGAUGAGGCAAAUGCUGAAGACAAGACAAAGCUGCCACUUUUGGACAGGAUAAAAAUUGCGAGAGAUCAGCUUAAGAAAACUGACUCAACAAUAAGCAUCGAUAAUGAAAUUGGCAUCACGGCACAACAGCCAACAGGCGUUAAUAAAUUCUUAAAAGCCAACAACAAUGUUUCUUAUCCAACCGCAGCAGAGGCACUGACUGUGAGCACUGAAAAUGUAGAACAAUCUUGUGAAUCUCUGUGCACCAAGGAAAAUACCAAAAACAAGGAGAAGAGGAGAAGUCUGUACUCUGACAUACUGGCUAAAGACAAAACAAGCUCAGACAGUCAUGAUCCCCUUAAAGAAUAUACUGCAGAUGAUGAGUUGAUGUCUGAACACAACCAUGAUGAAGUUUUCCAAGGUCAUAAAAAGGAAAAGAAAGCUUCAGAGGUUAGAAGAGAUAGUAUAACAAUUAAAUAUAGAUCAAGAACGACAUCAGAUAGCAGCUACAAGAGCUCAAGGUCGAGAAGGAACACGCUUUCAAAAAUAGAUGCUGGCGUCAGGCCGCUGUACCGAGAUGACAUAUUCUUUCAAGCAAGUCUCAACAGGCUUCCCCAGUAUGCUUCCCAUGCUAGUGGUCUGGACUACUCAUUGUCAGUUACAAGACUGCCUACUUGGAAAGAUGUGCAAGAAGAGGAAGAGGCCAAAUGCGUUCUAUGCCCAGAAGCCGUGCGAAGGACGCUCGCUACAAUGUUAGAUUUAACUCUUUUGAAAUCUCCCACAUUCUUGUUGUUUUCGAGUGCUGGGUUCAUUACGAUGAUGGGGAUGUUUGUACCGUUCAUGUUCUUAGGAGCUAGAGCAAUCAAUAAUGGUUAUGACAAAGAACUAGCUGUGUUUCUUGUGUCAUCAAUUGGAAUCACAAACACAAUUGGUCGGAUAUUAUGUGGUGCUAUCACAAGCAUUCCAGGCGUUAGCUCUCUGUGGAUAAAUAACAUUGCUCUCACAGUGGGUGGCAUUGCUACUAUGUUCAGCGGGAUAUCACAUGAAGGCUACUUUCAAUUUGGCUUUGCGGCAAUAUUUGGCUUGUCAAUUUCCUGCUUUGCCUCCCUUCGAUCAAUUAUGAUCGUCGACCUUAUUGGGCUAGAAAAUCUGACCAAUGCAUUCGGGCUGCUCUUACUUUUUCAAGGCGUAGCUGCUACCAUUGGAUCACCAAUUGCAGGAAUGUUUUAUGAUUUGACUGGAUCAUAUGACAUUUCGUUUUAUCUCUCUGGUGCUUUAAUACUACUUUCUGGAGUCAUGUGCUAUCCACUUAACCACUUGAAGAGAUGGGAGGAAUCUAGGAAAAAAGAAAAUGACAAACAAUCAAAAAAGGAAGUUGUGUAAAAUUUUAAGGAAACAUUAACGAAAUCUGUGGAUGGAAUAAAUGAUAUUUAUUUAAACUGAAUUAAUAUAUAAAAAGGAAAAUUAUUGUUUCUAGUUUACUAAAUCAGUUAUAACUCAUUAAAACUGAUUAUGAAUAAUUAAUUAACCCAGAAUUAACAACUUUGAAACUUAAUGAGUAAUGUGUUAGUAACUAUUUAAUUUUAUAAUUGAUUUUUGACCGUGUAUUCACUCAGGCACGACUAUAGAAAUACUGAAAAAGAAAUACUCGUUGCUUUCUUGCAAUUGAGAAUAAUUUGACAUUUUGCUCUUGAGAGCAUUUUGUAGAAGUGUUGGAACAAAUGUGGCUUAAUAUUUGCAAAAAAAUUUACAUAUGUUACCAAGACACCAAUGCUUUGUAAAUAUCACAUCACUAAAAUAUGAAUUUUAGUGGUAGGCAAUAUUUUUGUACAUAUUUUACGAUAUUUUUAAAUGUAUUUGUUUUUAUAGACUUCUUAUGUGAAAAUGUCUUCUGUGAUGUUACUGUUAAGGAUUGAAAUAUAAUUUUUGAGUUUU